GUUCAAUUACGCGGGUUUUGUUCCGAUCGUCAAUAUACACACGCUUUCCACGAACCCUAGAUCAAAUUCUUCACCUGAUCUUUCCAAAUUUUCUAUCUGAUGGCUAUGGCAGGUUUGUAUAGGAGGGUUCUUCCAUCUCCUCCUGCUAUCGAUUUCUCUUCUUCCGAAGGAAAGCAAUUGUUCAUAGAAGCUAUUCAAGGUGGAACCAUGGAAGGGUUUUUUAAGUUGAUCUCUAAUUUUCAGACACAAUCAGAACCUGCAUACUGUGGAUUGGCUACUUUAGCCAUGAUCUUGAAUGCACUUUCUAUUGAUCCCGGGAGAAAAUGGAAAGGUCCAUGGAGGUGGUUCGAUGAAUCGAUGCUAGACUGCUGUGAGCCUUUGGAAAAGAUUAAAGCCGAAGGCAUUUCCUUUGGGAAGGUUGUGUGCUUGGCUCACUGUGCUGGAGCAAAAGUCGAAGCUUUUCGCACAAAUCAAAGCAAUCUUGAUGAUUUCCGAAGGCAUGUGAUCGCAUGCUCCACUUCUGAUGAUUGUCAUGUGAUCUCAUCAUAUAACAGAGGGACUUUUAAACAGACAGGUAGUGGACAUUUUUCACCUAUCGGUGGCUAUCAUGCCAAAAGGGACAUGGUGUUAAUUUUGGAUGUUGCGCGCUUUAAGUAUCCUCCUCAUUGGGUUCCACUUACACUCCUGUGGGAAGCCAUGGAUACCUUUGAUCAAGCAAGUGGAUUUCGUAGAGGAUUCAUGCUAAUAUCCAGGCUUCACCGGUCACCGGCUCUACUUUAUACCCUGAGUUGUAAGCAUGAGAGCUGGAUCAAGAUUGCAAAGUAUUUGGUUGAAGAUGUUCCAACAUUGUUAAGUUGUAAGGAUGUAAAAGAUGUGAAGGAUGUUCUCUCGAUCGUUUUCAAUUCUCUCCCAUCAAAGUUUCUUGAAUUUAUCAAGUGGGUAGCGGAAGUUAGGCAACGAGAAGAUGGUGGUCAAAGUCUAAGUUCCGAAGAGAAAGAAAGGCUUGCCGUCAAGGAAGAGAUCUUGAAACAAGUACAAGAGAUUCGUCUAUAUAAGCACGUGACGGAUUUCCUGUUUACUGGGAACUCGGGCUCAUGCAAAGAAUCUUGUUUAACCAAUAUCGCAGAUAGCAUAUGUUGCCAGGGUGCAGGAUUCUUGGAAGGAAACAACGGAUCCGCCAAAGGAUUUUGCUGCCGAGAAACAUGUGUGAAUUGCAUAAAGGCCAAUGGAGACACAUCCGUUACAGUCGUCUCAGGGAUGGUGACCAAUGGCACCGGCAUUCAACAAGUGGACGUGCUUGUCCCUUCUUCAUCUUCAAAAACCUCGGGGGCGUCCAACAGCUAUGGACUAAGUGGUUGCAUUGGGAUGCACCCGGCAAGCAAUGACGUUCUCACGGUGCUUUUAUUAGCAUUGCCGCCACAAACUUGGUUCGGGAUCAAAGACGAGAAGCUUUUGCAGGAAAUGAGUAGCCUUGUUUCUAUAGACAACCUUCCUACUUUGCUUCAAGAAGAGAUUAUGCACUUGCGUGGUCAACUCUACAUUCUCAAGCGAUGCAAGGAUGAUGAGGCAGAGGAAGAUUUUGGCGCGCCACUUUUCUAGCGUAGUUUUUGAUAGAGGUACUCUUGAUGCCGAUUUUUCGUGUAUACUACUCAAUUGUGUACAGAAUAUUGUUAUCGAGACCGGCUAGAGGUGCCUAUUAAGAAUGUAACAUUUUCUUGUAGGUUAUGUAACAAUUCAAAAACUUUUAUAUAGAAAA